AACAGGUAAGAGACUCUAGGGAAGAGACAGGGAACAAAAGUGCCCUUUGGAACAGCCAUGACUCACGCUUGAAGGACUAUCUUUCAUAAGAGAAAGUUCUGAGUCCCAUUAAAGGACACCUAAGACAGGCACAAAAAACUCACCCAGGACCACCAAAGCAAUGAUCUCAGUUAUGCCAGAUGCAUGAAGUGGCAUCAACGCCAGCGUUUUAACCACUGCUGCACCUCCUCAUCUCCAUAUUCUCCUCCUCCUCUCAGUAUCCAAUUUCCUUCAGCCCUCCACCACAUCACACAUGAAGUCUUUCCCCACAACACCCACACAAACACAGGCACACACAUUCCUGCUUCAUUCUCUCUCUUGUACACACACGCACACACAUGCGCGUGCUCACACACACCCUCCUGCCUUGGGAUUUGAAGAUGUGACUGAGGCUGGUUUGUAAUCAGAUGAAAGACGAGUAUAAUCCCGAAGCUCCCUCCAUCUUUUUCACUGCUGGAGUGGAGAUGCUGAAGGAGAGGACAAGGGCCAGGAUGGGUGAUGUGUGACGGAGAGAUCUGUGCUGACGGAUCCUGCCUUUAUAAGGACCUGGACUGACGCUGCAGUAUUCGGAGUCUGGGAUGACCGCAGAGAUCAUUGAAGAGAGGGUGGACGGGUAAAGACAGGGAGAGGACAUCAUAGAGAGCUUCAUCUGUGACUGGGACACAAGAUCCAGCAGAUAUCCAAUGGCAGAGGCUGGGCAAACUGUGUCACUCCCACCAGGGGGCAAAAUCCCCUCAGACCCUGUUGUCACAGUUAAGUACAGUUCAGCAGAGGUGAAGCCUGAAGAUGUAUCCCCGAAAAGCUCCAAUGAAGUAUCAUACACCCCAAAAGACCGCAACAGCAGCCAGAUUGAUCAACACGAUACAAGUGUUCACUGUAUUUCUGAGACUGACGUGUCUGACGGUGUGUGUUUACAGCCAGUGAGCCAUCAGAAUAAACACACAUGUAGCGGUUCACUGACAGUGCACAGGGAACAUGUCUUAUCUCCUCACAAGGUCCUACAAGACCACAGUCUCUUAUCAAUACAAAGAAGCCACUCAGACAGCUUGCAGAUUUUUAAAGAGGCGACAGAUUCUCCUCUCUACUGUGAAACGGGUGCGUCUUUUUGCCAAGGACGAGACCAGGAUGUUUGUGCGCAGUCGUUUCCUUCUUUAGUGUGUAAACAGGCCAUGCCACUUCAGCAGAACAAUACGAUGACCACAUCCACUAGAGCAGGAAGCAGCGGAUCGGGCAGCCCAAGUCAACCAGCCAAACAUGGCUUCAUUCAGAUCUGUGAAGUCAUUCCAGAAGCCACCUGCCCCAGAUUCGAAGAAUCUGUUUGUUGUAACUCACACUUCCACCAUGGAGCCAUUGAGGACACUUUUGCAGCAUACUGCCACCCACAACCAAUUCCUGCCCCGGCCCAGCUGCUUCCACACUUGGUAGGAAUGGAGAACUACAAGGGCCAAGUAUCAGCAGGCAACCUGCUCGCUCUCCCUCGGCUCAUCUCUUCUGUCAGCGAGACCGGAUUGGACGGUAAGCGACUCCUCCGCUGCUGCAAUCCAGACUGCUCUUGGCCUGCUCCGUUGCAUCCAGUUGGCGCCCAACAGCAGGUGGAUGAAUCGUCCAAGAGGGAAGCAGGGACCAUGACCACAGAAAAAGAACUGAGAGAUGUAGGAGUGCAAGUAGGUCAGGACUCUGAGGAACAGCCCCAGCACGUGUUCCCCGAAGUGUGCCUGGCUGAGGAGAAGACGAAUGCGAGUGGCAAAGCGGCGUCAAAGAGUCAAAAGUCUCCUGUGAAGGAGGUGAAAUGGGAUGCGGAGGGCAUGACCUGGGAGGUGUAUGGAGCCUCGGUCGAUCCUGAGGAACUCGGCCUUGCAAUUCAGAAACAUCUAGAGAUACAGAUCAAGGAAACUAAGGGAAUAGCAGCAAAGCUCACGCGCCAGAACACGACAACAUCCCAGCACAGCUCAGGAUUGACCCGGAGGAGAAAAAAGGGGUUGUUGGGGUUUCUGCGCCACCCGGGCUGUUGUUCUCGCACCACCGGUGCAGUGGACUAAACAACCCCUAACAGACAUUUCAAAUACUCUUGGGUAUAAAUUUGACAGCCAAGUUAAGAUUAAAAAUAGGGAAUUUUUGAGCAACUGUAUUUUCUUUAAGUCCUUAUAUAUCAGAUAAAUCAUGUCUUCCUUUAAUUUUGAACACCUCAUUUAAAUGCUGUAGUAGUUUGCUCCUUAGAUUUAAGAGCUUUUUAUAAUAUAGAGAAAGAUUGUGGGAUAUUUUAUAAUAGUUAACUGCUCUUUGGUUUAUGUUUUCCCAUCAGCAAAGCAUAAUGAUUAUGACCAAGUUCCUGCCUUGAAUUAUUCUAUGUGGAAAUGUAAUUUAAUGAAAAACUUUUAUUGUUUAAAUCUGUGGAAGCACUGUGAUGGAGGUAAGAGAAUACAGUAACUGUGGCGCUACCUGCUGGUCAAAGCAUGAUAGUAAGACACAUGUGUAAAUGCUUUUAAAAGUAAAACACUAUUUACAAUACACUACCCUUUAAAAGGUUGAGGUUUUCAGAACUUAUUUUAAUAUGUGAUUUGGUGCUCAAGAAAUAUAUCUAUGUUUAAAAAAAUCAUUGUGCUGUUUAAUCGUUGUCAGGCUUCUUUCAUGAAAAGAAAGGUCAAAAGAACAACAUUUAUUUGAAAUAGAAAUCUUUUGUAACAUUAGAUGUCUUUACUGUCACUUUUGACAUCCUAUCUAAAUAAAAGCAUACAUAUAUGACCCCAAAUCUUGACCCCAAACUUUCAAAUAAUAGUGUACAUUAAUAUUGAAUAAUAAUAUCAAUAAAAUGUAAAUAGUAAGAUAUUAGAUAUAACAGGUGAGCUAAUUAUUUUAGUCCUUAUUUGUCAGUACAUUUCCAAAAAUAUACAUAGUUCUGAAUAAUUUAAGUUCCAAUCGAUUUCACAUUUAAUGAGAAAAUUAGCACUGGAUUUAUUACAGCAUGACAGCUAACAAAGAAUACAGAUUAUACAGUAUUCAGAGUAACACAUUUUGACACUUGGAAGUAGAAUAUGGUUUGUUCAGUUAUUUGUCAAAGCAAAUUAAAUGUGUCACCAGCGGCAUUGUUUUCAUCUUUGAAUUCUGUAACAAAUAAAAGCAACAUGGCACUUAAUUGAAAACAA